AUGGCGGCAACAGCCACUGCUUCUAGAAGAACCUCAAGCGGACCAGUUCUCCGCUCCCUUUCUCCUUCCGGCAGAUUUCACCAGCACUUCUCCAGGUCUCCGAAGUAUUCCGCCUCCUCUACCGCCUUCGCUUCCUCUAGUUCCAGUUUCACCUCUCGUUCAUCAACUUUCUUUUCCAGAUCUGCCUCUCCUACUCGUGUCAACAUGUACGGACACUCCUCACCAUCCUCUUCUUCCUCCGUCCGUUUAAAUGCUACCUCUCCAAGCCGUUCAAUCUCCACCGUCAAUCAUUCUCGGAACCAGCAUCAUCAGGUCGUGAGAAAACAGGGCACUCCUAAACGGACUUGUAUGUGUUCGCCAACGACACAUCCAGGCUCAUUCCGGUGUAGUCUCCAUAAAGGCUUAGGGUUUGGGAGUUCAGCAUCAUCUUCUAAUUACUCUUCAAACAACAAUCGAUUGAAUGCUCGCAGAUCUGCCAUGACCAAUUCGCUAGUGAGAAUUGGCGGCGUUGAAGGUGAUUUGGUGAGAAGAUCUCUCGCUACUUUGAUUCGGCCGUCUUCCCACCAACAACGGCGGCGCUCUGGAUUCCAGCCACGACCUAGCCGGCUCUCAAUGAUGUCCAAAGCUGAGGACUGA